UGUGAAGUCAGUUCGAUCUGACAACCGCGAGCGACGCUUGUCUAUCCUAAAUUGUGUGAAGUGCUACAGAUAACGAGUUUUUGAACAGACUCAAACAUUUGUGCAUCGUAAUUUUCUAGUCGUAUUUUGUAAACAUGAUCACUGUAAUAGUAGCCGUCAUCGUGAUUUACGCGGUGUACCUAUUUGGUACUAGUACUUACAACUAUUGGCUUAACAAAGGCAUUAAACACUAUAAGCCAAUCCCGUUCUUCGGGAGCAACUUCCGAGUUGUUUCCGGGAAGAUGAGUAUUACAGAGAUGUUUACGGAAGCUUAUUGGAAAUACCCAAAUGAGAAAGCAGUCGGAUUGUACUUUGAAGGCCAAAGGCCGGUAUUGGUAGUAAGAGAUUUGGAAAUCGUGAAGCGCGUGCUGGUUACAGACUUUGCGAAUUUUUACUCCCGAGGUUUAAAUAUUAGGAAAGAUGCGAUCGAGCCAAUGGUAAAGAACUUAUUCUUUGUUGACGGUGAUUUGUGGAAGUUGUUGCGGCAGCGUAUGACGCCGGCUUUCACAAGCGGAAAACUGAAAGCGAUGUUUCCGCUGAUCGUAGAGCGCGCUGAAAAACUGCAGUCUCGAGCACUGAGCGCUGCAGCGGCCAACAAACCGAUAGAUGCGAGAGACCUGAUGGCGCGCUAUACUACAGACUUUAUUGGCGCGUGCGGUUUCGGCCUGGAUGCCGACUCGCUCAAUGAUGAAGAUUCCGCCUUUAGGAAACUCGGCGCUAAGAUAUUUAAACCUGACUUUGCAACAAUUGUAAAAAUGGUUCUAAAAACAGUACUUCCAGAUUUAUUCAAACACCUGAAAAUUCUCGGAAAAGUAGAAGUUGAAAUAAAUGCUCUCGUUCAUGAAAUUUUGACUCAGAGAAAUUAUGAGCCUUCGGGAAGAAAUGAUUUCAUUGACCUAUUAUUGGAAUGUAGAAAGAAAGGUUUGAUGGUCGGAGAGUCUAUCGAGAAGAGGAACGCUGAGGGUAUUCCUGAGAAGGUAUCUAUGGAACUGGACGAGGCGUUGAUUGCUGCUCAAGUGUUCGUGUUCUUCGCCGCUGGCUUCGAGACGUCCUCGUCUGCUACCAGCUACACAUUGCACCAACUCGCUUUCAAUCCUGAAGUGCAGAAGAAGGUACAAGAUGACGUAGAUCGAGUAUUAAUCAAGUAUAAUAACAAAUUGUGUUACGAUGCAAUAAAAGAAAUGACUUACUUGGAGUGCGCUUUCAAAGAGGGUAUGCGUAUCUUCCCGUCUCUGGGGUUCCUUCUCCGCGAGUGUACGGCAAAGAGCGAGAUCCCUGAAUUGGGCAUCUUCCUGGACGAAGGUAUCCGAGUAGCGAUCCCGCUGCAGGCCAUCCAGACCGACCCUCAGUACUUCGACAACCCGAAGGAGUACAGACCGGAGCGGUUUAUGGAAGAUACCAAUGGCAACAAGUUUGAAUACAUUCCUUUUGGGGCCGGACCGCGAACAUGCAUUGGCGAGCGGCUAGGUCUCAUGCAGUCGCUGGCCGGGCUGGCGGCGGUGAUGGCCAGGUUCACAGUGAAGCCAGCGCCCACCACGCAGCGCUGGCCGGCCGUGGACCCCCGCGGCGGCAUCGUGCAGGUCGUCAAGGAUGGCCUCCCGCUCAUGUUCGAGGAGAGGGUCAAAUGAUUGCCUGUUUUUUUAUACAAGACCAGUACCAAAGCGGUUUAGCUGUAAGAGCGGAACAGACAGACAGACAGUUAUUAUAUAUUAAGUGUGGAUUAAAAAUUAAAAUACUUUAUAAAAGUGUGCAAUAUUAACAAAUAAAUAAGUGCAUUGAUCUAUGUCCACUAAAUAAGUAGUAGGUACCUACAAAGUGCGAAAACUUAGCAAACUGAUAUAAGAUUAUGAGUGAGGAACUCUUUGGACUUUCUAAAGUUUUCAGGUCAGUUGUAGCGUAGAUUGUGCUUGUGUUUUGUUGUGAUUUCAUUUAUUAUUUAUCGUUUGACUUGCUGCGGUCGAUAUGUGUAGGUAUUUCACGAAAAUCCGCUUUCCGAUAGAGGCGGUAUGAAAUACAUUAAAUCUUUUGCAUUUACAGUAAAGUGUGAUUAGGUAUUGUGUUUUCUUCGUCUUAAAUAAAAUCCAGUCAUUAUUAUAUCUGUUAGCAUAAUAAUUGUGAUACUUUACAUUACCCAUUUCUUUACGUUUCAGUACAGUCAACCGCGCGUGAAUUUAAAAAGUAAAUUUGUGCCGAUUUGUUGAAAAACGACGUGCCGUUGACUGUACUAUAUUGUUUAAAUAUAACACGAGAUCUACCUCUCUACAUUCCACAACAAAAUAUAAGAGGCGCUUUGCUAGUAUGCUAGUAUUACCUUUCUGUAAUCUGUUGCAUAGGAAGCCUCUGGCGACCUUCAACUGGAACUUAGCUGCCGUAUGACGGUCGCAACGCAGAACUGCCUGCCUACCAUCAACAUUUACAGAACGAUUCCAAUGCAACUCAGUUCAAAUUAGGAACCUAAAAUUGAGUCGAUGGUACGAAUUUGCGAUGCAGUUCAGUUUAGGUCGUGAAGCGGAUCACGUAAGCCCCUGUUUGAGCAACUUCCUUUUAAUUUCUAACGUAAAAAGGGGUUUGUGAUUAUAUUUUCCUUGUUACAUAGUAUAGUAAAAGUACCUAUCGUAGUUUUAGAUAUAAUAUUUUUGUAUAUAUAUGUUCUUGCUUUUGUAAAUAAAUAUUUUAAACAUUCGCGUAAAUGUUUGUAUGUGCCAUGUGUGUGUGCAAGAAAAGCAAUCAGAAAACCUUUUUUUUUGUUUUUUAGCAUUUGUGAUAUUAUUUUGUUAAUAAAACAACAUCAUAAAA